CCCUUGCUGUGCCUGGAGCUGUGAGGUUCUGUCUUCGCUCUUGCAGAGUUCUAUGUCCUGUAGAUCGAGUGUCAUCUGGUGCAACCGCUUUCCCUUGACACCUAGAACAGAGGACGCAGAGAGUGUAGCACCCGCGGGCACAGCUGCACCAUGAGGUUGAGGAGGAAGGACUCUGCCUGCGCGGCGGACGACACCCUGCACGAAGUGACCUACCGGAGCUACCGGGAGGCGGAGGACGACCUGGCCACGGUGGAGCAGAAGAGGCGGAGCAACCUGUCCAGGAGUCGCUCCGAGUCCAACCUCACCGCCUCCGAGGCAUCGCUCCCCGUCGUCGUCCCCAACAACACCUUGCACAAGUGCCUCCGCGUCCUCUCCGGCAGCUGGAGGAACAUCUUUCACAUCGGGGGAAUGAGCCGGAACCCGAAGCCAGCUCAGGCGAAGAAGGUGGCGCCCCCCGCGGUGCCGGAGCCAGCCUUCAGGAACUCUGGCUCCUCCUUCGGCAGCGCCGGCUACUCCUCCGCGGGGGAGGACAUCUUCAAGGAUGGGUUCGAGAUGUCGGAAGGAGUGUACUCGGUGGGGCCGAGCAAGAGCCCGGCAGGUAGCUUCAACUACCCCGCCUUCACGUUUCCAGGACCCCAGCAGUACACACAGCUGGGCUCGAAGUCAGCAGCGUAUUAUCACCACCAGCUGUCAUUACAAGAAGAUCAGGGCAUUGAUAUGACCCAGAGCCCUGGAAGAGAUAGCCCUGGGUCUAGUGGCUCAGGCUCGAGGCAUUCGACAGUGAGCUUGGACAGCGGAAGAGCCUCCUGCGCGAUGUCUCACCACCAUCGACCCAGCUUGUCCUCGAGUUCUGUCGGAAGCGGGGAAUCCUCUGCUCCAGCUCGGGUGGAACGUCUUCUACUUCAGGGUGUGCCGGAUCAGGAUAUCUUGCACAGUUGGUUGAUGGAUUUACACUUUGAAGAAUAUUUUCCACUCUUCAUAAACGCAGGCUAUGAUAUGCACACUAUUUCCAGAAUGACUCCUGAGGACUUGACUGCAAUUGGUAUAAAGAAACCUAAUCACAGGAAAAAGUUGAAAGCAGAAAUUGCCCUAUUAAAUAUAUCGGAUGGUUUACCUGACUAUAUUCCCGGUUCCUUAAGCGAGUGGCUUCGACUGCUGAGACUUGAAGAAUAUGGGACCGCUCUCAGAUCCCAAGGCUAUACAACAGUGGAAGAUACCACCCAAAUCACCUGGGAGGAUCUAGAAGAAAUUGGUAUUGUGAAGCUGGGCCACCAGAAGAGGAUCAUGCUGGCCAUCAAGAGGAUCCAAGACCUGCGAGCGGGCAAGACAUUCCCCCCGACUCCGUUCACUCCGACGCAGGUGGACGGCGUCGUGGAGUGCCCAGACUGCCCGAGGGUCCAUACCAUAUUCCGCAGUUUCCAUCAACCGUGGGAGAUAGAAUCCACUCAGCACCUCUAUUAUACUACAGAUAUUGUUCCUAUUAAGAUUCGCGGAGGGCGAGGUAAGUCAUUAGAGUCACUGGAGGGGGAGCCGAGCACGACUGGAGGAGCAGGAGGGACCAGUAGCUUCACCGGGGAGUGGGGCCGCCGCUGCUUCGAGGACGGUGACAUCACCCCGACCAACGAGAACAGUUGCCUCAUCACCCUCCAUCAAGGAGGCGGAACUCUUCCUAGGCCGAGAGCUCUCAUGAAACCACGCCCCCAGGCCAAAAUCGCACCAAAUCUCUGCUUUCAGCCUCCUGAAAUUAAACAGGAGCAAGAGUGCAGCCGGCUGAGCCCGCCCGUGCUGAGGUCCGGCGACUCCGUCACGGUGGUGGCGGACCUCCACCAUCCCGCCCACCAUUACAACGGCUCUGACGCUAGCUUCAAGUCAAGCUCAAGCACAGAAUCCGACUCACUUCCAUUUGCCAAUGAAAAUGCUGGAACUAUAAAACAGAGAGCGAAUAGAAAUCCAGAUUUUAUACCAACUGUAAGGAUACAGGCUCCUCCAGAAUGUUCCCUCUUAUCGCAAAGGAAAGGCGGCAAAGACGAUGCAGGAGACGUGCUGGAUGACAUAGGCAACAUGCUUGCCAACCUAACAGACGAAUUGGACGCCAUGCUCGAGGAAGAGAAGAGGCAAGGUCUAGUCGACGACUGAACAGAACCACAAUUACCUCUCCCCGAUUAUUACUACUUAAUAGCUCUAUUACUUUUGUUGUCUUGUGUAAAUAGUCUCCUUGGAGUUUUGGGCAAGAUAUUUUUUUUAAUCGAGAUGGGCGCCAUAGCAGCUUGUUUUAGAAACCGUCAUUGUGACAUUUUGUUUAAAUAUGGCUCAACUCUUGAACAUGUCAAUUAUAACUGCACAGGAUUUAUUUUCACAGAAAGCUGAUUGUAAUAUAUUAUAAAUAGUCAUGAUCGAUUAUUGUAUCGCUUCAUUAAUGAUCUUUACUUAAUUUGCAUUUUUUCAUAUGGUUUUGAUGCAUUUGUUUCAUUUAAUAAAGUAAUUUCAAACAAGAACCGUGCCACUUUCUUGACAGUCGACUGUUAGUUUGUUUAUUUUAUUUCAACUGUGGGUGGGAAAUUAUUCACUACUGAAAAUAAAUUUAUCGAACUUUGUUAAAAGUAAUAUUUUUCAUCUUAGUUGAUUUUAUUUAUAAUAAAUAUUAUUGACUAAAACAUAAAAUUUUAACCAUAUGCCGGCCAUAAUAAGGGACAGCUUCUUAUCUCGUGGUAUAUUUUAAUAUUAAGUUAUUAAAUAUUCUAUAACGAGAAAUUUAGGGGUUGAUGUAGUUGUCUUAGGGAAGCUGCUGAUAGAUUUUUGUAAAUAUUGAAUCAAAAGAGUUAUCUCAAAAUAGAGUGCGUUGAUUGAUUACUAACCGUCCAGAAAUUAGAUAACCGUUGUCCUCAAAGUUGAUGUAAGUCGAUUUAUCAAUUACUAGACUCAGAUGCAUAUAUUUCGUAAUUCUAAAUAUAGUAUCAACUUAUUUAUGUACCUAGCUUAAACUCAUUAUAAGAAUUCAUCAUAAUAAUUAGUUAAGUUCUUCUUAAUUUAACAUGUUGAACGCCACCUGAAUUAUGGAUUUGUGGGUUGUUAGCCAGUGUAAGAACUAAACAUGUUCUUUGGUCUUAUUAAUUUUAAGACUUAGAUUUCGAAAAUCUUUUAUGAUGGCUUGAAAUUGAGUAGUUUAUUUUAACAAAUAUGUGUAAAUUUGUUUUCAGUAAAUUCUGUAAAUAUUGCUUACUAUCUAGUUGGAGAUUAGGUAAUGAUUGUGUUUCAUUUGUGAUCGGUAACAGAUUUAAAAAAUAUUAAAAAAUCACAAUAUUAAUACUAUUCUAAAGUUGUUCCGUUUAAGUCAACAUAAGAAAAUAUUAUGGCGACUAUUUCGUCUCUUGUUAUAAUUCUUAUUCUUAUUUUUAAUGAAUUUGAGUCAUGUAUGAUUUGACUUUUGUAUUUAUUUUUGUUUUGUAAAUAUAAAGAGAAUCCUUAUUUGUAACAAAACUUGAAACUAAAUAGUGUUCCAGAUUAGAAAUGUAUCCAAAAUUAUUUUAUUUUAAUUUUAAUUUUAUCAACUUUAUUCGUCUAUUAUUGAAUUGUUCGAAAAAGAAAGCAAACAAUAUAUGAAUUUGAAAUUUAAUGUGACGAGUAUAAGAGAUAACAAUAUAUAUUUAAUAUAUAUGUAUUCAAAUGUCGAUUUUUAUAAAAUUAAAAAAAAAAUUACUCCAUCACAUUAAAAAAAUCAAUAGUUAUAGGAGUAAAAGUUUGUUAUACAUAUUUAACUAAUUAUUGUUAGAUUUUGUAUAAAUGUACGAUUGUGUAUAAGCAAUUGUAUUCAUGUAAAUUACCUUAUUUAAUAUAUAUCAGACAUAGCCGAACAUUUUGUAUCAACUUUAGAAGUUAUAUUCUAUAAGACUGGAGUUGCAUUUUGAGUUGAAAAUGUAUUCGUAGAGAUUUAUUGUAUUGUAUAUUUGACUUGUAUGUAACGCAUUUUUAGCGGAGUAGAAGUGUAAAUUAAUAAAUUAGAAAGUUACUACUAUUUCUU